UAUAAAUACAGGGAAAGCACGGCACAAAAGCACGCACUUCUUCAGCUCCAGAAUUAACAACUGCAAUCGUGAAGCAAAGCUAUGGAUCCACAGUCUUGUACAUGCACUCAGGGUGGCUCUUGCAGCUGUGGUGAUAACUGCAAGUGUAAGGACUGCAAAUGCAAAACUUGCAAGAAAAGCUGCUGCUCCUGUUGCCCCACCGGCUGCAGCAAGUGUGCCCAGGGCUGCGUCUGCAAAGGGGGGGACACCUGCGACACCGGCUGCUGCAAGUGAAAACGAGGAAGAAGGGAUUCUUGUUGUAACUAGUCUGAUGGUAGAUAGGCCCCUAUGUCUGGAGGCAAAUGGAUGUGUGUAAACAUAAAUCUGUUUUGUAGGUUAUUUUUUUUAUUUACCAUGAACAAAAUAAAGUCUUUAAAUUGCUAAA